ACCCGCUGCUUAAUAAUCCAAACGAAAAAACCCCAGGAGGCGCGAUCCCUCUCCACAAAACAACCCUUCUACGGCUCCAUCAUUCGUUUUCAAAAAGGAAAGCACGCUCUAAAAACACGUUUACACAAAGAACCCGAGGCUGUGUUCUCUCCGCGAAGAAAAUGUUCCAGAUUUCGAUCCAGAUCGACUGCAGCCGGAGAAAGUGAAAAUAGUAAUGAAAAUAAUAAUUUUUGGAGAGUUUUGGAGCCGGGAAUGAUGCUCCCUCGAGAGAAUCUCUUCUUCGAACGAUAUAUAAGAGGAGGCAAACGGAGGACCUCCAAGAGCACCCAAGCCCGCGGUAGAGAAGCCCUUGUCCUCCUCCGUUUAGAGCAGGCUCCUCUUCUUCGAAUCCCUUCGAGUGUAGAUAUUGCUACUCAGUAGCAGUUAAGGGCACUUCUAUAUAGGCUAUCUGAAAAUGGCUUCCCAGUGCUGGCCUUCAAAAAGCAACAGAUCUUCAAUCAGAUAUUGGUGGGUUCCAUUGGAAGUGCAAUCCUUUGAGCCAAAUACAUUUUUCCUCAAGGAGGAUGUCUCUAUUCCUCAUCCAAAAAGCAAUGCACAAUCUGAAACCAAAGUUCCUCGCAACAGAGUAAGUACAGCCAAGUUUAUAUCAGCAGUUGCAGGGAUCUGGGAUUAUGUUGGUCAGCCAGCAAUGUUUCAUGCCAAUAGAAGCUUGAAAUGCCGCGACAUUUGUCAGAAAGAUAAUCUUAUAUGCUAUUCUGAUGGUCAAAGAAUGCAUGAAUCCAGAUCUACCAAUGAUGAAAGUUUUUGCAAUAAUCUCACAUCAAGUAGCUGUUUUUCAACACCUGCAAAGUCAAAUUUUGAAGAUCUGAAGACAAUUAAGAAAAGGUUACUGUUUGCUUCAUGCAAUAGGAAUGUCAGUAAUUCUUUCAUCUGUAAAAAUGUCCAGAUCGGUGAUUCUCAUUUGCCUGUAGACUCUCAUGGAAUUGAUAAGGUGGCAAGCCUGGAGGUUUCCAAUGAUCUGGCAAACCCAUAUGAAAGCACAACCAGGAAGAACGUUCGGACUGAAGCCACUAGCAAUGGGUCAGAUGGAACAUAUGAUAACUGCACCAUUGCGGAAAGAAAUUCUCUUGCUGACUUUCGUGCUAAUUGGAGUGAAGGAGGUAAUAUCACUAGUGAAUGUGGAGAUGUGUCUAGUGAUAAAGUUGUGAAUUUAGUAGAAAAUGUUCUCCAAACUCAUGGUUCUCUUUAUUCAACUUAUCCACUUCAACCAUUGAAAACUACAAAAGAGGCAAUCAUUGUUUUAAGAAAUCCAAGUUCUGGUCUUCAGUUUGACUGCAACAUGGAUCUGUUAAGUCCAACUAAUUGCACACUCGGACAGUGCCAACAAGAAACAGACUCUUCAUGUGCAGUCAUUGAAUCCUCAGGCGAAAUUUCUGCAUCCAAGGAUUGUAAUAUUCAUGAUAAUAGUAAAAAGUUACAUGACAAGCUUGUACAUGAGCAAGAGUCUUCUCUAAAGCAUUGGUUAUCCAUACAAGAUAAAAUCCAAAAUGCCUUUUCCAAGAAUAGACAUGCCAUUGCAGGAGCACUGGCUGGCACAUUGGUUAGCCUUUGUCUACAUCCUGUUGAUACAGUUAAGACUAUCAUUCAGGCCAAUGGCAUGGGUCAGAUAUCAUCUUAUCUCAUUGUUAGGAGAAUUAUAUCUGAAAAAGGCAUACUGGGACUCUACCGUGGAAUUGCUAGCAAUAUUGCUUCUUCAGCACCAAUAUCUGCAAUUUAUACGUUCACAUAUGAAUCAGUUAAAGGAGCUCUGCUGCCUCAUCUGCCAAAGGAAUACCAUUCCUUGGCACACUGCAUUGCAGGUGGCUGUUCAAGUAUAGCGACCUCUUUUGUCUUUACUCCUAGCGAACGUAUUAAGCAGCAGAUGCAAGUGGGUUUACAGUAUCAGAACUGCUGGAAUGCUAUGAUUGGAUGUCUUGAAAAAGGUGGAAUGUCAUCAUUAUAUGCUGGAUGGAGUGCAGUCCUUUGCAGGAACAUCCCACACUCUAUCAUUAAAUUCUAUACCUAUGAAAGCCUGAAGCAGUUGCUUUUGGCAUCAGCAAAGCCUGAUGCUAGUCUCAACACAUUGCAAACGCUAGUAUGCGGUGGCCUUGCUGGAUCUACUGCCGCUUUGUUCACAACUCCUUUUGAUGUAGUGAAGACAAGACUACAGACACAAGCUCCUGGAACUCUUGGAAGGUACAAUGGGGUUCUUCAUGCACUUCAAGAAAUAGCUAGGGAAGAAGGUUUGCAAGGUCUUUACAGGGGCUUGACUCCGAGGUUGGCUAUGUAUGUUUCUCAAGGAGCCAUCUUCUUUGCAUCAUAUGAGUUUCUCAAAGCAGUUUUUGCUUUGCAAGUUCCACAACCACCUCCCCAAGUCACCGAGAACAAACAAAAAGCAGAUGAUCUUGCACCAUCACGAAUGCACAAAUUGCAUUCAUAAGUACACUUUGAGCACAUAUUUGAAAUUUCAUAUGCGGUUGUCUUUUCAAGGAAAUAAAGUCAACAUGUCACCUUAAGAAAGUAUCUACAGGAGAGCUGUCAGUUGGAAGAACAAAGCUCAAGUUAGGUUCUGCAAUCCCAUUUAUUUCCAACUAACAUAUUUUAUUUUUUUUCUUGGAGAUUCUUGAGGUUUUGUUCAGCUAAUACUCCUUUUGUUUCUCUAGAAUUCUAGUUCAUCAUAAACUAAAUGUCUUGUUGCAACUUCACACUUAUAACCACACUUCAACCGGAUAGAGGCAGGAUGUUAGCUGACCCAAAAAAAAAAAUCCGGAAGGGAAAAUCAUUACAUUCUCUGGGCGAGGAUAAACAAUAUCUUCCAUCAAUUUGGAUUCUUGUAUGUCCUCUUGUUUCUGUUUGUUUCUUCAUGCUGAAUUAACACUACAUGGGCAUAUUUUCUGCAACCAUGGAAGCAAAACUGCCUCAGGCAUCAGAUCCAACAGCGUUUCAAGCAGCAUUAUGAACAUCAUGGAGCUUUUCAUUCUUCAAAGAUUACAAGUUUCUUAUCAAGCAACAGGAAAUGUCAUCUGGAUGUUAUCUUUACAUGGUUGUAUGUUUGCUUGGUCUCCUUGUCAAUUACCUUUUUGUUUUUUGUAUACGUUGGCAAUGGAUGUACCAAUUUAUGUGUGCUUAGACAACUCAAUAAAAACCAAAUGUUGGAUCUCCCUCCCUCAGCCAAGAAAUAUUUUCAAUUAACAUUAUUCAAAUGAAAAGUAAAAAGAAUAGGUUCACCAGCUGGUGGCAGAUCA